AUGUGGCAGAUACGAUUAAACUGUCGUCGGUCAUAUCGGCCAUGUGGCAUCAGCUUGGAUUGCGCUGCUCGAUACAAUUUGUUCAUCAAUCGCACUUUUCAGACCGCAGUGCCUCAUGCAGGAAGAGCAAUUGACCGACACCACAAUGAAGAGGAUUUCUUCAGAUACAGUUCCGGGAGAUGGCUGGUAGAUGAAAAACACCAACUUGAGCAACGAUAUGUAAGAUUCAACAUCGAUAAUCUCUGCUCGCAAGCUGCAUCGCUAUUCAGUUCUGAAACAAGAUGUAUGCGCAUCGCCAAAAUGGAAGGGAACUUCAGCAAGGCUUUCCUUCUCACGAUGGACGAUGGCAACGAAGUCAUAGCAAAGAUUCCUUGCCCAAACGCUGGUCCGCCGGUACUGACAACCGAGUGCGAAGUGGCGACAUUGAAGUUUUUUCCUGAAGUCUACCACUGGUCUUCAGAUCCAACGAACCCCGUAGGUGCUGAGUAUAUUCUCAUGGAAAAGACUCGCGGAGUACCACUAGCAGAGAAAUGGAGCACCUUGAACACAUUGCAGCGGUAUCGAUUAAUCGAUAAGAUCUUGGAAAUGGAGAAGGCGCUCCAAAGGGUACAAUUGCCCGCAUAUGGAGGUCUAUUCCUGCAGGAGACUUUGCCAUCCAGCUACCCACGCUACCCCCUUUCCUCAGGCUUGGACCCGAAUAAGCAGUUCUGUAUAGGUCCGUCAGUUGACCUAUCUUACACUGCAUCUGCUGACCCAAGUGGGCAAAAUGCCGGGCCAUGGAGGUCGCUUCUGGAGUUCGCGCUCUCUGCACCACGUCGAGAAUUGGCUCGAAUUGUAGCAAAAGUUCAUGAUGUACAUACCGACUUGAAUAGGUUUGGUAACAAUCAGUCUAUCGAAGAGUACAGCGAUCUCUUACAAAAGAUGCAACUCAUAUUGCCAGCACUGUCGCAGCAUCCACUCGUUCAAGAAUCGGCAGCGUCGUCAGUCUGGCACACUGACCUGCACCUCGGAAACAUAUUCGUCUGUCCAGACGACCCCACGACAAUAGAAGGCAUAAUUGAUUGGCAGUCAGCCGAGGCAGCACCUUUAUUCAUCCAGGCUCGGUUUCCAGAGUUUCUUCGACCGCCAAAAGGUUACCGUUCGGGAACCAACGUUCCCAAGUUACCAGACAAUUUUGAUGAGCUGGGUCCAGAUGAAAAGCAAUCGGCCAAGGAAGAGCAUACAUUAGCGAUCCAAUCCAAGUACUAUGAAAUAUCGUGCCGCGCACACAACAAGCCAGUUUUCAAUGCAAUUGCCUUGGACCGAUGCCUUUGGGAACCUUUCACGCGUUGCCAGCUUCCUUCGAAUGGGUCCUUAGUCCCACUACGGAACUCUUUAAUACGUAUUGCUGAGAACUGGGCGCUCUUGGGGCUUUCGGGUAGCUCCCCAUUCCAAUUUAAUGAAGAGGAAUUGAAGCGACAUGACGAACAAGUUCAAUUCUACGAAGAUAGCUUGUCUCUGUGGGAUCUUAUCAAGGAACAGCUUGGCACUGAUAAUAGUGGAUGGAUCCAUUCCGAAGACUGGGAAUCGGUGAAUAAAAUGAACAAAUAUCUCUAUAAUAUGUUCAUCGACACAAUGAGCGAGGAAAUCUCGGCGGAAGAAGCCGCGAAACGAUGGCCCUUUGUGCCGAAGGACGCCUGAGCUUCUUUAAACUUUAAUGUCUGAAGCAGCGAACAGAAGCCAUGGAUAUGAUCGCAUUACUAAUAUCCUUCGCAACC